AUGAUUGCUAUAGGACUGGAAGGUAGUGCUAACAAAUUGGGCGUUGGUGUCAUAUCACAUCCCUCCAAAGGCAAGCCAGCUAAAAUUCUUUCCAACAUUCGACAUACCUUUGUCUCGCCUCCAGGUGAAGGUUUUCUACCGAAAGAUACUGCGAAGCAUCAUCGAUCAUGGGUUAUAAAACUUGUGAAGCAAGCUAUGGCACAAGCUGGAGUGAAGGUCUCCGAUAUCGACUGCAUAUGUUAUACAAAAGGCCCUGGCAUGGGUGCACCUCUGCAAAGUGUGGCCAUCGCAGCGCGAAUGCUUUCGCUGCUGUGGGGUAAAGAGUUGGUAGGGGUAAAUCAUUGCGUAGGACACAUAGAGAUGGGUCGAGAGAUUACUGGGGCACAGAAUCCGGUUGUUCUAUACGUCAGUGGAGGAAAUACCCAAGUGAUUGCAUAUGCGGAGCAACGAUAUCGAAUUUUCGGUGAAGCGCUAGAUAUUGCGGUUGGUAACUGUUUGGAUCGUUUUGCAAGGACCUUGGAGAUCAGCAACGAUCCCGCGCCAGGAUACAAUAUUGAGCAGUUAGCAAAGAAGGGAAAAGUGCUAUUAGAUUUGCCAUAUGCGGUAAAAGGAAUGGACUGCUCAUUUUCUGGAAUUUUAGCAAGCAUUGAUAUUCUUGCUGCAGAGCUGAAGGAGAAUCCAAAGCAAAAAGACCCUAUUACGGGAGAAGUUAUUACCACAGCAGAUUUAUGUUUUAGCUUGCAGGAAACUGUCUUCGCGAUGCUGGUAGAAAUAACAGAACGAGCUAUGGCUCAUGUAGGAAGCAACCAAGUCCUUAUCGUGGGAGGCGUAGGUUGUAAUGAGAGACUACAAGAGAUGAUGGGAUUGAUGGCAAGGGAUAGGGGAGGCAGCGUCUUUGCAACCGAUGAACGCUUCUGCAUUGAUAAUGGUAUCAUGAUAGCGCAGGCUGGGCUUCUGGCGUACGAAACCGGUUUCAGGACUCCAUUGGAAGAGAGUACAUGUACUCAGAGAUUCAGAACGGAUCAAGUUUUCGUCAAAUGGAGAGAAUGA